UCAGGAAAAAGAAAAGACCAGUCAAUUAUACACUGAAAUUUUGCAUGGGAAUGCGUUACCAAAGAUUUCAGCAUCUUUUAUUUCUCUCUCCUCUUUUCAAUUUCUUUUAUUUUUAUUUUUCUUAGUCUUUAUAUAAGCCUGACCCUCUGAGCAUUUCUUGCACUCACUUUUUUCCAGACCUGAAUCAAUAGCUUCCAUUGUUUAACUUUCGAGCCCCUCAAAGCAAAGGAAAAAAAAAAAUCAGUAAAGAGAGAGGGAAAAAAAUGGCAGCUUUUUCAUAUCAAUACCAACCAUUUCUUCUUGACUCAAUCUUUUUGCCCAACAAUCCUCUCAAGAUGGGAGGCUUUUUUGAUGACCAAAACUUCAACAACAAUUGUUUCUCUCAAUUUUACUCUCAAGACCAACAACAACCCAUUUACCAUUUUCCUGAUCUCUCUAAACAAAGCCCUGAAUCUUCCACUUUGGUCGACCGAUCCGAUAGCGCCGAACCGCCGGUCGGAAAUCAGUUGAAACCGGCUGUUACUGUAACUGUAACUUCCCCUUGUAGUAAGAAAAGGAAGAGCCGGAAUAAUUCUUCCGCCACCUCCGCCCAGUCCAAGGGUACUACUGAGAGCACUGGGAAAAAGCAGAAAAAUAAAGGGGAAUUAGAUGAAGGGAAAGAAAAAGAUCAAAAGCCCAAAAAUGGGAAAAAAUUAGAGGAGAAAAAAAUUUCAGAAGAUGGUGGUGCAACCACUGGUUACAUUCAUGUCAGAGCUAGAAGGGGCCAAGCCACUGACAGCCACAGUCUUGCUGAGAGGGUGAGAAGAGAAAAGAUUAGUGAAAGGAUGAAGACAUUGCAACGCCUUGUUCCCGGUUGCGACAAAGUUACAGGGAAGGCCCUUAUGUUGGAUGAAAUUAUCAAUUAUGUUCAGUCCCUACAAAAUCAAGUUGAGUUUCUCUCCAUGAAACUCGCUUCGUUGAACCCAAUUUUCUUCGACUUCAGAAUGGACUUGGACGGCCUCAUGAUCCAACCAGAGACGACGUCGUUGAGUAGUAUAACGCCACAACUACCAGCGAUGGCACAAUGCAGCGUCGUGCCACCGCCGGCGAUGAUCGACACCACCCCUCCGACAACCCCAUCUCCGGCAAUCUCCGCCGGAAAUAAUUAUCCCUUAAUGGAGUCUUCAGCUAAUUUGUUUCUAUUUCAACAAGGGAUAAGCGCAAAUAACGCCUACUCCCAAUCGUCUCAGGAUAACGUUAAAGUUUCAUCAUGGGAUGUCGAAGACCAGAAACGAAAGCUUCUUAUUUCAUCAGGAAUUGGCGACAGCUUAUGUUACUUCCAUUAAAGAGAGCUCUACUAAGAAUUUCAAUUAAAUUUUUCUCUCAUCUCUCAUCCAUUUAAAUUUAAAAAAAAAAAAAAAAAAAGAUUCGAAGGCUUGGAAGUGGACAGAGAACCUGAAUAAAGUGGAAGUAACAAAAAAUGGAUGGACGACGAACACAGAGGAUCGGAUGUUUUCAAAGACAUUAAAUAAUGGCUGCUCAAGUUUCGAGAAUCUUCAGUGAUUUUUUUAGAUUAAAAUAAAUAAAUUUAUUUAUUUUUAAUGUAUUAGUCUUAGAUGAAAAACAAUAUAUAUUGGGGAAAAAAAACUGAUUGGUUAGCCUUUAUCCAUUUUCAUUUUAUGUAUGUAAUUUCCAUUCAUCUGUUAAUAUAUGCAAUUUUUUCCUCUA